AUGCGGCUAUUAGCUACCAGUCGAGCCCUGCGCGCCAGCAGUGGCCGAUGGUCAAUUGCUGCGCGGCCGACCACCAUCCCCCGCUCCAUCCCGACCCUGUCGAGGCCAACGCUCUCACUCCGCGGACUGAGCUCAACCCCAACUCGCCGGAUAACGCCAACUCUAUCUCCCCAAACAGCCCAAAAGCCGACUCUCAAGAUCGAAGACGAGACCUACAAAACAGACAAAUGGACCAAUACCCCCGACACAAUCCUCUCUCAUGUCGGACGUCGUCUUUACCUCGAUGAAAACCACCCUCUCGCCAUUACCCGCAAGCUCAUUGAGAGCCAAUUCCCUGCUCCGAGCUACGGCAACUACUCGGAAAAGAACCCGGUCGUUUCCACGAAACAUAACUUUGACGUCCUGGGUUUCCCGGAAGAUCACCCUGGCCGCAGUCGCACGGAUACAUACUAUGUGAACGACAAGACGGUGCUGCGCACCCAUACAAGCGCGCACCAGCAGGCGUAUUUCCAGCAGAUUGCGCGGAAUGAAAAGACUCGUCCCGAAGAGGUCGGAUACACUGUCAUCGCGGACGUCUACCGUCGCGACGCUAUCGACCGCAGCCACUACCCCGUCUUCCACCAGAUGGAAGGCGCGAUGCUAUGGAAGCGGCCGCAGACAAAUCCUCUAGCUGCGUCGAAAGAAACGACCGCCAAGAUCCUGGCCGAUGUGGAGAAGAUCCCCAGCCACGACGUUGUCGUUGAGGAUCCUAACCCAACUAUCCAUGCCCAGCGCAAUCCCUUACAAGACGAGCACCACAGUGCCGAGGAGGUCGAGGCAGUAGCUGCUCAUCUGAAGCGCUCACUUGAGCGCAUGGUCAUCAAAAUCUUCACCGAAGCAAGCAAGGCCGCUACAAAUGGUGGUGUUGAGGCUGAGCCGUUGAAGGUACGCUGGGUCGAGGCUUAUUUCCCCUUCACCAGUCCGUCAUGGGAACUAGAAGUUUUCUGGCAAGGUGACUGGCUUGAGAUCCUGGGCUGUGGCGUGAUCAAGCAAGACCUACUGAUCAACUCGGAUGUGCCGGAUCGGAUCGGAUGGGCGUUUGGUCUUGGUCUCGAGCGCAUUGCUAUGCUUCUUUUCAAUAUCCCUGAUAUCCGGCUAUUCUGGUCACGGGAUGAGAGGUUUCUCUCGCAGUUCCGCGCGGGUGAAAUUACCCGCUUUGAGCCUUUCUCGAAGCAUCCGGCGUGCUACAAGGAUGUGGCUUUCUGGUUGCCUCCUGCUGCUGUGACGGGUGGUAGUGCCGCUGGCGGAGCGGUGCCGUUCCAUGAGAAUGAUGUUAUGGAGAUUGUUCGUGGAAUUGGUGGUGAUCUUGUCGAGGAUGUGACCCUCAUUGAUGAGUUUACGCAUCCCAAGAAUGGACGCAAGAGCAUGUGCUACCGCAUCAACUACCGCAGCCUGGAGCGCACCUUGACCAACGAGGAGUCCAAUGAGUUGAACCUCAAGGUUCGGGAGAAGUUGGUUGGCGAGCUUGGUGUCGAGUUGAGGUGA